UAGAAAUACAUCACCGAGUAUAAGGGUUAAAGGCACUCCUUUGCCCAUGCCUUCGACAUCAAAUGUUUUUUAACAGAAGUGAAACGUGUCAGUUUGCGACGUUAACGUGGAUAUAGUAAUAACAAUUUACAUUUUUAAGACAUUAUCAAAUCAUUAUCAAAAUCAACAACUAGGACGAUUUGUUCACGUGAAUUUACUUUUUUGAGCUAGCGCCUUGUUAACUCCGCCUGAUAGCAUAAUUAUCUAGAAUGCUCGCACGAACAACGUACGAGUAACUAAUGGACGUUGAUUCAGGUCUGCGGAAGUUUCCAUUCUCCUCCAAAGUAUCUCUGGUUUCACGCUCUUGAACGCACCUCGCGCUGGGUCCUAGACUGCAACGGAAGUGACCGGUGUUAUGCUAGCGUCGACUAGCCAGUGGGACCUGUCACCAGACGUGUUGUUUAUCCCGCUGGCAGUACGCUCGCAGAGGGCUAUCCCACCCUUUCUACGUUUUAAACGGGAGGACUCCUGCUACAACGCAGUAAAGGAGUGGAGGGUUUGUGAAGAGUCUUGAACGUCGGAUACCCUGCAUUGACUGCUAGCAACUAGCCUGUGUGCGGCCCCAUUGUGGAUCCCCAGCCCCAGCCAGUGGAGGGGGAGGCAGCCUGAGGCCAAGGGCACAGCGCUAGCAGGGCCAUGAGCACCACCGGGUACCCGCCACAGCACGGAGGCAUUCGAACACGCAGAGGGCCAGUGAAGGAGAGGGAUCCAGGGAAGGGUAUGGGCAUGGAGGCGGCUUGCUGGUUGGCCCCUGGAGCCCUGCGCAGGCUUAUCGAGCUGCCGGCUCCCCCACUCGACCGCCACCAGCUGAAGAGACUGGAGGAGCACAGAUACAGCAGCGCCGGUCACUCCCUGCUGGAGCCUUUGAUGCAGCGCUACUGGGAGUGGCUGGUGGGCUGUGUGCCUGCCUGGAUGGCCCCCAACCUCAUCACCAUCGUGGGCCUGGCCACCAACGUGUUCACCACCUUGGUGCUGGUCUACUACUGCCCUACCGCCACUGAACAGGCACCUCUCUGGGCAUACCUGCUAUGUGCAGUGGGCCUGUUUGUGUACCAGUCAUUGGACGCCAUUGACGGGAAGCAGGCCAGACGAACCAAUAGCAGCUCUCCACUGGGUGAACUAUUUGACCAUGGCUGUGACUCCCUCUCCACAGUAUUUGUGGUCCUGGGCACCAGUAUAGCAGUGCAGCUGGGCACCAACCCUGACUGGAUGUUCUUCUGCUGUUUCGCCGGCAUGUUCAUGUUCUACUGUGCCCACUGGCAGACCUACGUCUCCGGCACCCUGCGCUUCGGCAUAUUUGAUAUUACAGAGUUACAGAUCUGUCUAGCACUGUUGCAGAUGCUGACAGCCACUGUAGGCCCCUUCCUGUGGAACGUGACGAUCCCAGUCAUAAACAUCCAGAUGAAAAUAGUUCCAGCCAUCUGCACUUUCUUAGGGGCCAUAUUUUGCUGUACCAAUUACUUCCGUGUUAUAUUUACUGGAGGUGUGGGUAAAAAUGGAUCCACAAUAGCAGGAACCAGCGUCCUAUCUCCUGUGUUACAUAUAGGCUCAGUAAUAAUACUGGCCGUAAUGAUCUACAAGAAAUCAGCUAUCCAGCUCUUUGAGAAACACCCUUGUGUGUAUAUCCUGGCCUUUGGCUUUGUGUCUGCCAAGAUCACCAACAAAUUAGUUGUAGCACAUAUGACAAAGAGUGAGAUGCAUCUCCAUGAUAUAGCAUUCCUCGGUCCAGGGCUGCUGUUCCUCGACCAGUAUUUCAACAGUUUCAUUGAUGAAUACCUGGUGCUCUGGAUUGCACUGAUCCUGUCUUUUGUUGACUUGGUGCGUUACUGUGUCAGUGUUUGCAACCAGAUUGCCUCCCAUCUUCACAUCUUUGUCUUCAGAAUUAAGCCACUGACCCCGUCCACCCUUCAGUAGGAUAUGGAUUCAUAACGUUGGCCUCCUUCUCUCUCCGUGUUGGAUAACUAGUCAUCACUAUCUUUCUUUAUCCUUUUGUACUUACAGUACCAGUCAGAGGUUUGGCACACGCCCAUUUAAGUGAACUGGUGAUUCCAAACUAUUGACCGGUACUGUAUGUUGAGGCAGGAUGGGUUGGAUGUGGGUGCAGCUAUUACCAGUAGAUGUUCUUAUGAAGUAGAUGUGGGGAUGAAUAUAAUGGGGUGUUUUUAUUAAAUAUCACUUAAUUUGUCCACCAUUGUUUCAAGCAAUCUUUUUUAAUAUCAUCCUGUAACAGUAGUGAAGAUUCCUGGACAAGAAAAAAAUAAUCCCAUUCAUGUUCACAAUGUAAAUUUACUGAAUGCUCUUCGCAGUGAAGGAGAGGGAAAAUUAGUACAAUAAGGAUGAGAUGGGCUUGAGUAGGUGCUACCUAUAUACUUUAAUAAUGAACAUCCUAUUGAACCAUGUAAUAUGUUCGUGUGUUCAUUGUUCUCUACCAGGAAGUCUGCAGCAUAGGAAGUGAUUCACACAGGAUAUCAGUCUGAUUUCAGUUUUAUAAGAGUCUGUCUUUGUUAAAUAUAGAAAUAUAAUUUUGCAAUAUUUGCAUUACCUCACUUUUGGUGUCAUAAAUACAAAACUAUUUGUGAUGUUCCUCAUUACAGAAUGUCUCGCAUGGCAUAUCUAUGAAUACAGUAUAAGUGGUACAUUACCCUGCAAUAAUUAUGAUUGCAUUCAGUUGUCUAUAAUUACAUUACAGUUUCACAUGUAAAGCAUAAGAUGUCAUAUUAGAGCACCCCUGACCAAUGGCUGAAAAUUCAUUGUUGUGAGAGAGAAAAUAUUAUUGCACCUUUGAAAAAUAGGUGUCUUGAGCCAAGCCUUGGAAAUGGCUCAAGCAUACAUAGUCUCCAAAGAUUACAUCACAUGCAGAAUUUCUAAAGGUUGUUCUGUGCAUCCUAUUAUGUAGACCCUGUCUAAUAUAUAUAUUUUUUAAAGUUAAAUAUAUCAUAUAGAUUUGUUUUUGUUUUGAAUUUUGUGCCUGUUAAUAAUGUUCUUGUCCUGUUGCACUUAUGCCCUCUGAAACUAGUUUUGCAUUUGGCUUAGAAUGUUCAAGGGGGGAAAAAAAUGUUUUACCCGUAUAAAGAGAAGUAUACAUAUUUUGCUUAUCUGUCCAGCAGAUUGUUUGCUAGUAUUUGCUAAAUGAUGUGCCUGACACAAAACCAUAGAACAACCCCUCUCUCACUCUAACUGACAAUAGUCCUCCAACACUAGCAGAUGGAUAAUCACAGAUGUACUGUAUAAUUAAUACAUUAGGUCUUAAGGCCUGUUUCAAAUACAUGUUGAAAGGGGAUUUGGGCUAUUUAUUGGGGUGUCCAAAGCUUUCUUGUUUCUAGAUUCUACAGACAUGUUUAUUCAUAAAUUCUUAUUUUAUCUUUUUAAGUUACUUUGCAUUCUGCCCUAUAAUAGGUCCUAUUACAGCAAUUGAAAGUGUUUUAGCGAGUCCCUCUGCCCUUAUUUGUUUGUAUCUUUGUUUUGCAGCUUUGCCUGCAGUCUCCACAUAUAAUUCACCCAUUACAAUCAAUACAACACAUGUAAUUUCAAUGAAAAACAGACAUUUUAACUGAGUGUAAUGUGAAUCUCCUGUAUUUUACUGAUCUUCUACAAUGUGUGUUACGUUACUGAUCAGGUCAGUGCUGUCAUUGUACUGCUGUCAGCCUGAGACAAGUAAAAGGUUGCCUUAAACAAGGUUUUUUUUCUGUUCUUUCAAAGCCUCUUGAAUAAAUUACAGCCAGGGAAUGUUGUCUCUGUGUUUGUACUCUCAAA